AUGCUCAAAUCAGAUGAAAUUCUUGAAAAAUUGGAGCCUAAUUCAAAAGAUGUUUUUGUUGAAGGCUUGAUUGAUAUGUAUAUCAAUCGACCUGAUGAAAUGAAAAAUGUCUGUUUAGCUGAUUUUGCUUCAUUGUAUAAUGUAUCAAAAAAACAAAUAAACAACGUUCAGAUUACGGAAAAUUCUGGUGACGAAGAUGUAAUUGACAAUGAAAUUGAUGAAAAAAGUGUUGCUCUAAAGAUGAAAAAUGGAAAGGGAUGGAUUCAAAAAAGAACAAAGAAAAAAAAUAAUAAGAUUCAGAAACUUUCAGCUACAUCAAGAUCCUGA